UCGAGGGGCCGCCGCCGCUAGAGACGCUUUCCUUUUUAAUUUUUUUCCCAGCGUUCACUUCCGGGUCCGGCGCCGAUCCGGAUGCCCGAGGCAGAAGGAUGUUUGACCUCCGGAUAAGCGAGGCGCCGCUGUGCAUUCAUUCCCGGCUGCAUCGGUGGCGACAGCAGCGGCCCGGGCGGCGACUCUCCGGCCAGAGGCGGCGGUAGGACGCACCAGCAGUAGCGCGGAGAGAGACUCCGAGCCGAGCUGCGUUACCUCUCUCGCUCGUUCCUUCCCCCCUACCUCUCUCGCUCCCUCCCUGCGUGGCUCGCUUUUCUCCUCCGGCAGCCGGCGGGUGUGAUGUGCCGCCGCCUGUGCCCCAGCCGACGCUGACUGACGGACCGCGGGGCGCCGCCCGCGCCCGGCACCGACCCGCCGCUCGCGGCCGCGCCUCUGAGCUCACUAUCAAUAUCAUCCCACAUCAUUGAAAAGAUAAUUUUGAAGACAUGUUUUGCUGAAAAGACAACUGAGAAAAAUUUUACGAAUGGGAUGAACACGCACCAGUUAAUUGACUACCUACUGCAGUUUGAAUGUUAACAUUAUCCACCUGGUACAGUUACCUAGUGAUGUACCUAUUUUCACGAUACCCUAUUUCAGUGUGCUUGUCUUGAUUAAAGAAUUCAAAGUGGAGUACCGCAAACUUGAUAUGGAUAAUAAAAAGAAAGACAAGGACAAAUCAGAUGAUAGAAUGGCACGACCUAGUGGUCGGUCGGGACACAACACUCGAGGAACUGGUUCUUCAUCCUCUGGAGUUUUAAUGGUUGGACCUAACUUUAGAGUUGGAAAAAAAAUUGGAUGUGGGAAUUUUGGAGAAUUACGAUUGGGGAAAAAUUUAUACACAAAUGAAUAUGUGGCAAUUAAACUGGAGCCCAUGAAAUCCAGAGCACCACAGCUACAUUUGGAGUACAGAUUCUACAAGCAGUUAGGAUCUGGAGAAGCGUAUUGUGAGAAGAAAAGAUUCGUAAGCUUGCAGAUUGGGGGUAAAAAUGAUGGUAUACCUCAAGUUUACUAUUUUGGCCCUUGUGGUAAAUACAAUGCUAUGGUGCUGGAACUGCUGGGACCUAGUUUGGAAGAUUUGUUUGAUUUGUGUGAUAGAACGUUUUCUCUUAAAACGGUUCUCAUGAUAGCUAUCCAGCUGAUUUCUCGCAUGGAGUAUGUCCAUUCAAAGAACUUGAUAUACAGAGAUGUAAAGCCUGAGAACUUCUUAAUAGGACGACCAGGAAACAAAACCCAGCAAGUUAUUCAUAUUAUAGAUUUUGGUUUGGCAAAGGAGUAUAUUGAUCCAGAGACAAAGAAACACAUACCAUACAGGGAACACAAGAGCCUUACAGGAACAGCUAGAUAUAUGAGCAUAAACACACAUUUAGGAAAAGAACAAAGUAGAAGAGAUGACUUAGAAGCUUUAGGUCAUAUGUUCAUGUAUUUUCUGAGAGGCAGUCUUCCUUGGCAAGGUUUAAAGGCUGACACAUUAAAAGAGAGGUAUCAGAAAAUUGGAGAUACUAAACGAGCCACACCAAUAGAAGUGUUAUGUGAAAAUUUUCCAGAAGAAAUGGCAACAUAUCUUCGUUAUGUAAGAAGGCUAGAUUUUUUUGAAAAACCAGACUAUGAUUACCUAAGAAAACUUUUUACUGACUUGUUUGAUCGAAAAGGAUAUAUGUUUGACUAUGAAUAUGACUGGAUUGGUAAACAGUUGCCUACUCCAGUGGGUGCAGUUCAGCAAGAUCCUGCUCUGUCAUCAAACAGAGAAGCACAUCAACACAGAGAUAAGAUACAACAAUCCAAAAAUCAGUCGGCAGACCACAGGGCAGCUUGGGACUCCCAGCAGGCAAAUCCCCAUCAUUUGAGAGCUCACCUUGCAGCAGACAGACAUGGUGGCUCGGUACAGGUUGUGAGUUCUACAAAUGGAGAAUUAAACACAGAUGACCCUACUGCAGGACGUUCAAAUGCACCCAUCACAGCCCCUACGGAAGUAGAAGUGAUGGAUGAAACCAACUGCCAGAAAGUGUUGAACAUGUGGUGCUGCUGUUUUUUCAAACGAAGGAAAAGGAAAACCAUACAGCGCCACAAGUGACUCUGGACACAGACAGAUCAUGGGGAGUUACUUACGUGUUCAUCCGCUGUCUUGUGAUUAAAAUCAUCUCUGUAGUGACCACAUAUAUUUUCAAGGACUCACUCUUAGAUACAGAAAUGUCAUACUUUCAUACUUCAUUUUGUGGUUGUCUUACAUUCGUAUUUUUUUCUAAUUUAACUUUUAUGGAAGCUUUAAAGUUUUGUCAAAACAUGAGUGCUUUGCCCAUCAGUGAAUGGAAUGGACCAAUGAGGUGAUAUUGAUGAAUUACAGUUCUAUGGAACAUUCUUCAGAAGCUCUCCUCCUGUUGUAGAAAGCAGUACAGUAUCUUAAGUGUCAACCAGUUAUAUACCUAAUCCGGUUUUUUAUAACUUCUGUAAGAGCAUAAUCAAAGAGGAAUUUUCUCCCCAGUGGAUAAUUCAACAGAGAAAACAGAGUUGCCCAAAUAUUUAAAAGAAGUUAUCCCUUGAGAAGAUCAUUAUCUGUGUGACAUCUGCAUUGAUUUCACUGUUACUGACGGUACUGCUAUUCAUGAGUCAUGUUAACAUUCUCUCUGUGAAAUCAUGGUACAGUCACUGCCCAGAGGUACUGAGGAAAAAGCUCUGUGGGUUUGGCAGAUGGUAGUGGUAAAAUGAAUCACAAGUAGUGUGGUAAAUAUGAGCUCUGCUUUUGUCGCACCACUAUGUGAAGUACAGUGUUGCCGAAGUGGCAAAAGCGCUUAUUUUUUCAAAAUGCAAAAUAUUUGUAUAAUGUAACUUUAUGCUUCCAGAUAAUAAUGUAUGCUAGACAGCAAGAAUGAAUACUUUGAGAAAUGAGAUAUGUUGGAAUUUUUUGAAAAAUACACUAAGGAGAAGGAAUAAAUGUGAAUCUCACUGCAUCGUAUGAGGUUGAAGUCUAAGGAGAUCCCACUGAAACCUGCUGCUGAACGAUUACAUUCUCCUUAAGCAGAAAACUUUGGAUGUGCCACACAAUGGUGUCUGUUUAUUAAUUGUUUGCUCUUUGAUUGAAAAAAGAAAAGACCCCCAGCAAUAAAAACGGGGUCACUCUAUUGCCCUCUGUGCACAUUAGUCUCUUGUAUUCAACUUUGCUGGUUCUCUGGAAUUUUCCUACUUUUUAGCGUAAUUUUGAUGAUUGAAAACUAUUUUGGAGAGGAUGUGUCAGGUGCUUUGUCCCCAUAGUCUUUCGAAGUGCCUGCAUAUGAACAAAGUAAUGGUUCUGUAAAAAAGGAAACCCAUUCCACUUUUCAAGUAUGCUUUGUUUUAAGCCAUAAAGACACAGGUAUACUUCUGUCACACUCUACUAGCCAGAAUUUUCGAAGAGAGUUAAGACAAGAAGACUGGCUAGAAAGAUAAUUAUGUUGUUCAAAUCUCUUAUUCACCUUUCAUUUUUGAAAUCGUUACUUACUCUUUCCACUCAGCUCCUUCUUUUUGUCUUUAAGUUCAUGCCUCCGGGCAUGCUUAUUUAUUUUUAUUGUCUCAAAGUAACAUUUAAAAUAUGUAAUUAAAGUAAAUAAACCUACAUUUUUGACUUCACUGUUGCAUCUACAGGAAUUUAAUUGUACUUUGUAAUUUAUUUUUCUUAUUAGCAAAAAGUUCAGUGCAUUGUUCUUGAUGAAUUAGGCACCCAUAUGAGUCCCGCAAAUCAGGACAUUAUCAUUGUUGCUCUGAAUCCUAUGAAUGACCUUUAUAAGUUCUUGAUUUUAAAGACCUACACUCAGCCUAGAAUACAUUUGCUGUAUAAUUUGGUCAGCAGUUUCCAUUUUAUCUAUUUGUAUACUGUCAUGAUGUCUUAAACUACAGGAGUUACAUACUGAGUUUUUAUUUUUGUUUGCUUUGAGCAAGGUAGAUGGAUGUUUUGGCCAUUAUAAUGUGAAACCACUUCUUUCUUUACAGUAUUUGACCAAAUUUGUGUGUCUAUGAUAUUUGUAAAUACAUGCGAUAUCUGUAUUUCUUAUCAUAAGCCUGUUUAGUUUUAUUCUCAGUAGGGUUUUUGGACUGUACAGUGUUUAUAUGAUCUGAACUCCUUAUACAUAAGAAGGUGUGUAUAUUAAUCCAAUUAUGGACUUAAAAUAUUUUAAAACUAUAAAUACCCUUAUUUGCUGCAAAGACCAGUGUGUAGACAUUUGCUUUUUAGCAAUAUUUUUAAGUGCUCCAUUUUAAUGCCAAGGAAUAAGUCUUUUGGCAACACAAACUGGUCAAUAAUAGGUAAUGCAGGUAUGUUCAGGUUAAGCCAACAAUGUUUUGCAUUUUUAUGCUUCUUUUCUGUCAACACUAAUGAAGUCAACGUUGCCUGAAUGUCUGAAUAAUGAAACACAUCCCUGUUUAAAAGUAUGUAACUGAAAAAGAAAUAAAAAAUAAAGGUAGUUUUUUUAAACUUGUUCUUUCCCCUUUCCUCUAAUCAUGGGUAAAACAAUGCCACUCACUAAUUGAAGACAGGAAUUUUAAAAAUUCAGUUUAUUUAAUUUAGUCAAUGUGAAAAACAGACCUAAAGGAAUAUUCUUUUGUGGUUUUGAUUUUGUUUUGCUUUUUUGGAACCCUGUUGUAAAGAGUAUAUGCCUGGAAGUAUCUAAGCUUUCUUUAAUGUAAGUUAAAAAAAUUUUUUUUACUACUUCUCUGAACUCCUUAAUAGAGCAGCUAAUUAGAAUUAAUGCCACUAAUAAACCAAAGGAAAUAAACUGAA